ACCGCCGGUAUGGUCCCUUCUACACAAUGCUUGUUAUCACGGGACAACACACCUCUAAUCAGGUGGACAUUGUCCCAUCUGCCACCGACUGAGACCCUCCCUCCACUCUCAUAAUGAAGGCUGUGAUCGGGGCGCUGCUGGUGCUGUUUGUGGUUCGGACACGAGGAGAUGGAGUUAAGUACCCAAGUCCUAUGUGCUCAACAGAUCCACAAGCCACUGUCGGACCAAACGAUCCGAGGCUUCCUCAGGUGAUGCCCCCCGAAUACCAAGUCCAUAUUGAAGGCGCCAUCAUUGACCAGUUUAAGACUGUGGUGGCAGAUGAAUACGUCUCCAUUUCGGAAGGUGUGUCCGCGAUGACUGUCACCCUGGGGGACAACAUUGAAUACUUUAUCCUCAACUACAACACGAACGAGAGCUACCAUAUCAUAAAUGGCGCGUGUACGGUAUACAACCAGUCGAUGGAUCCGGAUGACGUUUUUCUUGGGGGUUCAUCAGGGAAGUCGGCCAUGCCUCAUGGCUAUUCCACAGGAUCUGUCCUCAGGUUCGCACAGAGGUAUGGUGAGGUAUAUAUAGGUCAGUCUACUGUCCGGGGCAUUCAGUGUGACCACUGGCAGUCGUGCAUGUACUGGGGAUACCUCGGUGUCAACUUCACCCUCGACUACUACUUCUCUGUUACGAACUGGACCACGUCGGACAAUUCUCCUCAGAUUCCGGUCAGGGCUGAAAUCGUCGGCUACCAGAACUUGUUGGGUCCCGGCGUGGGCUCAAGCUUCCAUCACAUUUAUGACUAUACUGGCUACAGGAGCGAAAUUACGGACGAAUCUAAGUUAGAAACACCCAAAGGAAUUGCUUGCAUGGGACGUAAACAGACACGCGAUAUGCCCCAACUUCAGGCCCAGUACCAGUACAGAGAGGAGAUCACAUCCGUCAUGGAUAACACAGUCACGCAAGCAGAUGUGUAUUACGAUUACAACUACCAGCUGAUCCGGUUCGAUUCCCGCCCCGGCCCGGUAUACCCUUACUACAGCACCGACGCUACCGUUGAGAUCCAUGACUACAACACUGGUGUGGCCUACGUUAUUGACAGGACGUUCCUCAACUGCAGUAUCGUGCCCAUAGAGAACACCACAUGGGACGCCACGCGUAACAUGACCUCGGUGCCGAUCAAUCUCAGGAAGCCAGAGCAGCUCUUCUAUCUGAAUCCCUCCUAUUCUUAUUCAGGGCAGAGAUCUGUCAGGGGCAUUGACUGCGAUGUAUACUCAACCAUCAGAACGGAUUUCCCAGAAAGAAUGGGGGCAAAUGUAUCUUUUGAAGUCUACUUCAUGAGCGAUUACUGGACGAGUUCCAAUGACAUAGGAAGCGACAGUGACAGCCCAGACACGCCAGUUCGGCUUGAAAUAAGUGAACCUUUGAGUGGCUUGGGAUACAUAUACGAUUUCUACGACUUCGACCAGGAAACUCCUAAUGUGCUCAACGCCUUUGGGAUCACGCCCUGUUUCACAGAUGAGCAACAGACUGAUUUUCAGAUAACGUUCCCAGGAGACGCCAGUGAAUUCCUUUCACAAUACAGAACUGUCUUGCAAGCGCAGAUUGUUGCGAAAAUUUCGACACUGACAAAUAUGAGUCCUAUUCGGAUACAAAGAUCAUCUAUUCACUGGGAUGAAGACAACACGUACUUCCUUGCAACUUUCUUAGACAAGGCACCCGCUAUUGCUAAAUUCCGACGAUGGCCGAACCUCGUGGCCCAGUACAAGGAUGACGUCACGUUGACCGGCGUGACUGACGCCUUUACGUGCGCAAGUGCGUGCGACACGACAAAAGCCACCUGCAAUAGCUUCGAUAUUUGUCCAGGUGCGCAAACGUGUGCGCAGAGUACUCAUUACACCCCGGAUGGUACCCAGCUGUCGACAAGUGCCACCUGCGACCAUUAUUCACGUGUGCUGUCGGGACCCGUGCAACAUGAAAUCGCCCUCCAGGACGCCUACGAAGUCCUCAAAGACUAUGUUUUUACCAACGCUUUGAUAGUAACUCUAAAACAAACGAAUAGAGUUUUUAAGGCUUCUUCAAUAACAACUGACAUUAUUAGAAAUCCCUUCGCAGGAUCUACGAACAAAGUGACAGCCCUAAGCCAGUUUAUCUCCGAGACGAACAAGGCUGUCAGGGGUUCCGGCGACAUGCAGUUGACGGGGAUGGCUGUCGAUAGCUGCGCGUCGGAGUGUGUGGCAGAGAUUGAGUUCACGUGCCAGUCUUUUGAGUACUGCCUUACCAACGGCAUGUGCACCCUCAGCCGCGUCCAUCCUGACGAGAGACCCGACCUCAUUGUCAACAACGCCUCUUGCAACCUGUACAUCCGUGACUACACUGCAAAGUUCACUGAACUUAAAGGAACGACGGUCGUCUCCGACUCCGACACCAUCUACCAGAACAUCAACACCCCGAACCAGUGCGCCAAGCUGUGCACGGACUAUCAGAGCUUCCCUUGUAAAUCGUUCGACUUCUGCCCCAACAUCAACGCCUGCUUCCUCGGCCACACCCACGUUUUCGAUACACCAAAGGGACACGUGAAACAAGACCCAACGUGCAACCAUUAUUCAAGGAACUACGCUGACGACUUCAAGCAGACCGCUAACCGCCAGAUCUCGCUUCAAGACAACCGUAUCAUCUUAAUGAUCAGUGUGGAGCAGUGCGCCAAACUGUGCGUGGACGAGGAGACGUUCUCCUGUGCCAGCUUUGACUACUGCGGCAACACGACGGAGUGUCGACUCUCGACGGCGUCCAUGUCGGACGUGGGACAGAUCACCAUCGAGUCAACUGCCUACUGCUCUAUAUAUAACCGUCAAUAUUACCCCAAUGGGCAGAGGUACAUACCUCAUCAAGACACAAGUGCCAAAUAUACUUCAGGUGCAAUGGGAGGUCUGGGCUUCGCCAUGCUGGUUGUCGGGCUCCUAAUCGGAUUCGGGGCACUGUUUGCCUGGACCAAGUGCCGGGGAGGCCACUCUGACGAAAUGGCAGUAUCAUUCUCAAGCAAAGACACAUUAUCUGCCGACUGACAUUAACAAAUAUAAACUGCAAAAGAGACAUGCUUACUCAACGAUCUUAUCUUGUAGGGUCAGUAGCAAGUAGACAUUUGAAUAUGAAGUAUUCGCUCUGCCAGGGUCAUAAUGCCUAUUGUUUCAAGAUGGUUCGCGUUCUGUAUUCUAGUCCAUAACAUAGCAAUUAUCAAAUUUACAACCUCGCUUUCUACUUUACACCUCAUUUUAAUGUCCCUAAAGUUUGUUUUUCCCCCGCUUGAAACACCAAUCCUUCGGACAAUCCAACGUCAAUCACAUCCAUCGACAGUUGUAUUUUAUUUUAAAAAUUAAUAUUUAUACAAUUCUAAUAAUUUAUUCUGGUCUAAUGUGUAUUUGCUGAGCCAGAAAAUGACAACACAAUUUGCAACUUUAUGACGAACUAUUGGUUGGAUUUGCAAUUCCACGAAACCCACACGAGUUAUUAACAAAAUGGACACUUACUUGAGCUUAUCGUUUUCAUAUUCAUCCCGGUAGAAUAGCCGUAUAUGCAUAUUAAUGAGUGUUGAUACCAUUGGGACCCUGUGGUCCGUUGUAUGAUUCCCAUCAUUACCUUCACGUCGUGGGACAGUAAUGGUAAAUAUAUACUAGACGGAGUAUGAUUCCUAACGUCACUGUUAAUAACGUCGUGAUAUAACCGAAAUAAUGUUCAAAGCGGCUUUAACCCAACGCACACUCACUCACUCACUCUCUUUAAUAGGUUUGAAUGUUUCGCAGCACUUUAAACACGUUCUUAAAACACAAUAAUGGUUGUAAGGAAAGGAUUGGCCAAACCAGAAUAACGAAAAUGGCUUCAUGCUCGCAUACUGGCACCGAACCAUGUCAUCAUAGCAGUGGCUGUCUCUGACAAUGGAUGUGUCAUUAUCCAAGAUAAAUAUCUUCCUCGUCGUUUGUACAUAGUAGAUACAAUUAUCUCAAAGUAAUAACCAAGAUGACAACGUUUUGUAUGUACAUAAGCACUAUGUUAAUAAAUGUCAUCAUGGACUUGA